GCUGAAGAAACUAAAAACUGCUGUUUCUUGAAAUUCUUGAUUCUUGAUACGGAUAAACUUUGCUACUUUUCAUAUGUUCUCUACUUUGAUACACUAAUAUUUUGUGGUUUUGGCUAUUCUUUUUUUUUUUUCUUCUUCUGGGUGUCUCUUUAUUCUCAAUAUCAGUGGUGAUGUUUUCAAAAUCCCAAUUUUGGCUGAUGCUUUAACUGGUAUUGGAAGUUACUGAUGGCAUCGUCAGCCGCUUUCAAUGGUCCAAUUCUUGUUUCUGCCUUUAAUAAGAGUAGUCAUGCGCCUACUUCUUCCAGGAAUUUUAUCUUUAGGACUUGUUCACUACCAUCACAUGUCACACAAAGAUCAAUCUGUUGCUUCCAAAGCACAGGAAGAUCCAGCAGUGUUAUUAACUUAAGAUGGAAAGAAGUCAGGCAAUGGCAAUUAAGCCUGAGAGGUUUCUUCAUGUGUAAAGUGCAGCAACAUGAUGCUACCUCUGAGGAAAAUGAAGAAAAUAUCUCACAAGCUACUUUGAUAUGGAGGGCAAUCAAAUUGCCAAUAUACUCUGUUGCCUUAGUUCCUCUAACUGUGGGGAGUGCAGCUGCUUAUUUGCAGACAGGCCUCUUUUCUGCUAGGCGUUAUUUUAUGCUGUUGGCAUCUUCAGUUUUUAUCAUCACUUGGCUUAAUUUAAGCAACGACGUUUAUGAUUUUGACACAGGAGCUGAUAAGGACAAGAAAGAGUCAGUUGUGAACAUUGUUGGCAGCCGCACAGGAACAUUCAUUGCUGCUUGCUUGUUACUUGCUCUUGGUUUCUUGGGGCUUACUUAUACAUCUGUGGAGGCUGCAAAUCUACGUGCUAUAUUACUAUUAGCUUCUGCAAUUACUUGUGGUUACAUAUAUCAGUGCCCGCCGUUUCGGUUAAGUUACCAAGGUCUGGGGGAACCCUUGUGCUUUGCUGCAUUUGGUCCUUUUGCUACGACUGCCUUUUACUUGCUUCAAAGCAGCACCAGUGAGCUCCCAAUCACAUAUACAACACUUUCAGCAUCAGCACUUGUUGGUUUCACAACAUCACUUAUCCUGUUCUGUAGUCAUUUCCACCAGGUAGAAGGGGAUAAGGCCGUGGGAAAGUUUUCUCCACUGGUUAGGCUUGGUACAGGAGCUGGUUCUAGAGUUGUAAAAGUGGGUGUGGCAACACUCUAUUCAGGGAUGCUUCUUCUUGGUUUCACUCAAACACUUCCAUUUACAUGCAUUAUUCUUUGUGCUUUAACAAUACCAAUGGGAAAACUCGUAGUUAGCUAUGUGGAGAAGAACCAUAAGGACAAAUCAAAGAUCUUUAUGGCAAAGUAUUACUGUGUGAGACUUCAUGCUCUAUUUGGAGUGGCUCUGGCUGCUGGCUUGGUAGCAGCUAAAAUGGUUGCUAGAUAUCCUGUUCCAAAACCAAUAUUCUGAAUCAUAGAAUUCAUCAGGAAUACACAUUGUCGCUGAGAGACCUGAAAGCAUCAAGGAGUAAUUUUUUUUUCAAACUCAGGCUCUUUUGAAUGCAAAUUACAAGAUGAACUUUCUACAGAAGGAAAUGGAGAAAAGAUUCAAAGCUCUUGGCAAUAGCCUGCCUGCACUGUGUUCUCGAUCCAAUGGACAUUGGAUUACUUGAACUGCCCUUAGUUCACUAAAUUUCCAAAAUUCUUUUGAGCACUGAGAAGAACUUUCAAGAAAUGCAUGAAUGUGAUGCAUCAACAAAUCAGUGUUUCCUGAUGUACUUAUUGACAAUUAAUUAAUUAAUAAUUCUUUCUCCAUGU